GCCCGCAGAGAGCUGUCAGUUCAGCAACAAGACAAACAGCAGCAGACACGCGCAUAUUAACAAAUCGUUUCGCAACCACUCAGCUUCACAUUCGCACCGAUUUAGCUGAGAGAGCAAGUGACCCGACCGGGAACCGUCUAAUUAUCAAUGGUCCCGCAAUCUGGCGGGUGUUAAGAUCGGGGUUAAGAUCGAUGGAAGUGGCCGGUUUCUACGAGAGGGAUUACCUCGCUUUACACGGCAACAACUGCAGCAGUACCAGCUACAGCAGCACCAACAGCGGCGCCGCCUGCAACCUGUCGAGCGGGGGUUCAAUGACGGAUCUGGGCAUCGCAGAUAACGAGAAGGCGAUCGACUUUAGCAUCUACCUGGAGCAGCAGUACCAGCAGCAUCCCACACAGCUCGGGACCCCAGGACAGCAGCACGCGGGGGAUGUCUUAACAGACUUCCUGGCCGAAGAGUAUAAAAAUAAACGCGCCGCCUUACAGAACUACAAUUACCUGUCCCUCAGCAGCGGCCGAGCGCCCGGGGGCAUACUGAGCUUCCCGCAGUUGCUGGAGACACGCGUGGACACAGUAUUCAGCCCGCAGCUGAUGGGCAGCGCCAACAGAGGGUUUAAGCAGGACCUCGGGGAAGAAGAGGCUAAUAGAAUGGACUCGGGCUCUCCCGGCUACGGUAUGGCCUCGUAUUUGCAAUACCAUUCCGCGCCGAGCGGAAGCACUGGGAAUCUCUCCACCGCCUCCUCAUCUUGCUCCAGCCCGCCGGGCACCCCUGCCCCGUCCGGCUCUGCCGGGUCACCGCAUAACAGCGGCGGGAAGCUUUCCUCCAGCAAGGGGAAGAAGCGUGUGGAGAAGAGCAGCGAAGAGUACAAGCAACGACGGGAGAGGAACAACCUCGCGGUAAGGAAGAGUCGGGAUAAAGCCAAGAUACGCAACCUGGAGACCCAGCACAAGGUACUGGAGCUGGCGGCGGAGAAUGACCGGCUGCAGAAGCGAGUGGAGCAGCUGUCCAGAGAGCUCACCACUUUACGGAACUUGUUGUCAGCCACGGGGCAGUGCUAGUCUGGCGGGUAACGCACCCCUCUCGACCUCUGCAAUCACAUUGCCACUCUCACGCAGAGGACUUGGCUGACGACCUGCCUGAUCAGUGCCAGCCUCGUUUGCGAGACAAGGGGGAGGUCAGGGCUGCCGACCGUCAUUUUGAAAAAUAGUGUUUUGGGAACAAGAUAUGUUUAAAGACAGUGUUGGUAAAAAAAAACAAAAACAAACAACAAAAGUGCCACUUGUAUUUUUUGUUUAUCUCCUUUUUAAUGUAGUGUGUUUUAUACGAGCUGUGUGUGUUGUUUGUUCUUAUUGUUAUUUAAGCAAAUCACGAAGUAAAAUGUUUAUACAUGGUUAUAAGGGGAU